CGCGUUGAGAUAGAUUCAUCUCGCAAUGGGUCCAAACCACCCUGUCGUCGGCUAUGGAGCGCUUAUUGAUGUUUAUUUCAAGGAUAACCACCCACCGGGAUUGGCCUCGGCUGAAGUGGCACUGAAUUUUGAAGCGGGUUUCUGCUCCUUGUCAUGCUCGACACUUCGAUACAAAAUCCCGCAACGGUUAGGCUUUCUCUCCGCGUACGAUGACAUUAAUUUGACUGUGUACGCGAGCCGCCUUCAACCAGUCGAACCUCGACCGGCGUACUGCAUCAACAUUUACGGCCCAACGAAAAUAGGCUAUAGCAACAGAUAUUGGCAAGAAGCUUGGGAAUCGAAAGCUUUACCUACAAACACCGCCCCAACUGGAUCUUAAUAUUCAAUAUUACAACCCGCAAUGUUUACAAAGGAACUCUCAGUCGUUCACGCUUUGUAUGGGAACUCAACCUCAUCUCUCCCCAUCGCAUGGUGUCAACUGCAUUCACCAAACUAUAGAUCCUGCUUUAUUCUUCGAAUUCAAGUGUUGGAGAAGUUCAUCUGGAAUAGAGUUUAGCACCGACGCUGAAGCUCACCAGAAGGCCUCGCAAUAAGAAUGAAAAGGUUUCUGCCGCAAUCGUCUAAGGUCUACUAGAUGGAUAUCAGCUCAGUGUCAAGUUUCUGAUAAUGCACGCAAAAUAUUUCCUGGACAUGAAUAGCUCAGAUAUUGACGAUGAGGUGAAAGAAGCUAGCUCUAAUGUGACCACGGUGUGCGGGAAAACGGUGAAAGCUGUUCACUUGAUUUUGCAUAAGAUUCUGGCGAUGAGACUGCCUAGACGCUCAGUUCAGCGAGCUCAGCGAGCUCAGGAAUGAGAUAUGGUAGUUGGAACCAAGUCAUCGAAACCCCGAUCAAGAGUAACCUCAUUACGGAGUAUAUAAAGUCCGAUAAGCACAUCUACAAUGGUGUCGAACAUAGGCC